GAUAUAUGCUCGGGAGUCUUGCUAUGGGAUACUGCUAUGAUAAAGUCAACCACUUGAGGUUAUUGGGCGUUAUAUCUGUCAUCAACGGCUUAUCGAGCAUAGUAUUGCCCUGGUGUAACAUCUAUGGACUGUUCAUGUUUGUCAGACUUGUCGAUGGGUUUCUUUGUGGAGGAAGGGGAGGCGGUGGUGAUGCAACUGUUCUGUCAAGGUGGGGCACAGAGAGCCGUCAUCUAACGCAGGGUAACCAUUUAUCGUACGGGCUUGGGGGCGUUCUGGCGCCGCUCGUUACCCGACUGUUUUUGGCUCCUAGGGUGCCACCUACUUCCAUAAACACCAACGGACAAGAUGAACUUGACAAUAUCAGUGAUGUAUGGAACACUACUGCCAAACCUAAUGACACUGACUCAUUCUCUAACAUUUCUAAAAUCUCACAAUCUUUAAAUAGCAGUUUUGGGGAGUCUGAUGUAGUUUAUGGUGAAACAAAAAUUCAUAUUGCUUUCGCCAUUACUGGUAUAGUAAAUAUAAUCUCUGGUAUGCUGUAUCUUUAUCUAUUCAUGAAAAAAUAUGACACAAUUCCCCCAUAUACGAAAUCAACAGUUAAACACGAAGUUGUUUAUCACAGGGCAAAAUUGACAACUGCUGAAACUGCUUUUUGUAUAUUUCUAAUAGGAGUGAUGUUCAUUACUUUUUGUUCUGUUGAGAGCAAAUCGCAGUCAUUUCUCUUGCCCUUUGUCAUGCUUCAAAUGGGUUGGACGAAAUUUGAUGGAGCCUACUUGUUGUCUCUUCUCUGGGGAUUCUUCACAGCAGGACGAUUCACUGGGGUGGUCAUCGCUCGUUUUCUUUCGCCAAGAAAGCUCGCAUGUAUAUGUCUUUGUACUGUAAUAUUGUCUUACACAGUUCUCUCAGUCGGCGGUUUGUUAGGGAUAAAUGCAAUAGUUUGGACAAUUGUUCCGUUCGCUGGCCUCGGACUGUCGGCUGUGUUUCCAACGUUCGUGGUAUGGACACAUGAAAAUGUUAUUGAAGUCAAGGGGAAAAUGAGUGGGUUCUUUCAGUUUGUGGGCGCAAUUGGCUUCUUCACAGAUCCCUUCUAUAUUGGUUAUUUAAUGGAAAAUGAAUCGCCGAUGUAUAUGUUAUAUGUAGGUAUCGCCCAAGCAACCUGUAGUCUUAUCAUUUUCAUUUCUACAUCACUUUGGAUAAAUUCGAGGAAAGUCAAAGCAAAGGAGUAAAAUUGUUGAAACACAUAACAGGA